UACAGGGCCCUGGCUCAGACACUUGAUUUACAGGGUGUCCCAAAAUUAAUGUCACAAAAUGUGCUUUAAAUUGAGCUGGCUUUGCCAAAGGUCUGCCAGUGAUACUUUGUAGUUGUUUUGUAGCACACUUUUUGCUGAAAUGGCAGAGUUGCUUGUGGACAUAAAUGAAUGCCUCAGGGAUUCUCCGAAAUUCAGACAAGUUCUGCAUGAAAAUGAGAAGAAUAUUGAAAAUCUGGAGUCUCGCCUUGAGAAGGCUAUCAAGAGCUGUGGAGUCAUGGUGGAAAAUGGUCGACUCUUUGCAGCCAGUCAAAAGCAGCUGGUGGUGUCACUGUGGGAGGUGGCCGAACACUUCAGCGGCCAGCCGACCGUGGCCGCCUCCUUCAACCGACUCCUGCACGCGCUCACAGAGUUCAACAAGUUCCAGGGCCACGCGGUCGAUCAGGCAGCGCGCACCAUCGGCAUGAAGUUCUCAUCCAUCCUGAAAACCGAGAUCCGUGAUGUGAAGGAGAACCGCCAGUGUUUCGAGCGAAUCUCCGGAGAGCUGGACACGGCGCUGAACCGGUACGCGACUGCUUCCAAGUCACGGCCUGUGGAGCUGGAGGAGACGUCUAACCUGGUGCGGGCCACCCGCACCUGUUCCCGGCACACAGCCCUGGACUACCUGCGGGCUCUGUCACUGAUGCAGUCACGAAAACAACACGAUGUGCUCGACACGGUGCGGAGUUAUUUGCAGUCGCAGGUCACCUUCUUCCACCAGGGUGACGACCUCUGCAAGGAUCUAGAUCCCCAGUUGAAAGCUAUUGGCGCCCAGAUUGAAGAGCUGCGCGCUCGCACCAAAAGCCUGGAGCAGCAGCUGGAGACGCGGCACUCCGCCGUCACCCACGAGGACGCGCUGGCCUCUCAGCACCGACCGGUACCGGCCCCAGACGGAGGCGUCUUCAUGGAAGGGUACCUCUUCAAACGAACCACCAACGCCUUCAAAACGUGGAACCGGCGCUGGUUUACUCUGGAGAAUCAUCAGCUCAAAUACCGCAAACGAAGCGGUGAGGAUCUCACGAUGAUGGAGGAGGACUUGCGACUUUGCACGGUGAAGCCGGCGCCGGACAUCGACCGGCGGCACUGCUUCGAGGUGGUCUCGCCGCAGAAGAGCCACGUCAUGCAGGCUGACAGCGAGCCCAGCUACCGACUCUGGGUGGAGGCGCUGCAGGCGGGGAUCGGUGCGGCGUUCGACCGGCCCUCCAGUCGUGCUGCUGCCUCCGACAAUCGCCAGUCUCACGCAGGCGGCGGUAGCGGCGGCGGCGACGGCGGCGCGGGUGAAGAGCGCCCGCCGCCCGCCCUGCGCACCCAGAAACGCUCCAAUGUGCUGGAGCAGGUGCGCCGGAUCCCCGGCAACGAGCGAUGCUGCGACUGUGGCGCGCCCGACCCCACCUGGUCCAGCAUCAACCUGGGGAUCACGCUUUGUAUCGAGUGCUCGGGCAUCCACCGCAGUCUUGGCGUGCACGUGAGCAAGAUCCGCUCUCUGACGCUGGACGACUUCGAGCCGGAGAUUCUGCGAGUGUUUGCCGAGCUGGGCAACACGGUGGUGAACAGAGUGUACGAGGAGUGUGUGCAGGAGGGCUUCCAGCGGCCGGCGCCCGACUCCGAGAGGAGUGUGCGCGAGGCGUGGAUCCGGGCCAAGUACGCUGAGGUGCGCUUCGUGCGCCGGCUGCCGGGCUCGGCAGCGCCGCCGGUGGCCCGCCGCUGGAGCGUGCGCCGUCUGCGGCGACGGCCGCGCAGCGCCGAGCGGCCGCACCGCCGGCGCACGGCCGCCGCCGCCCCGGCCCCGGCCGCCGGGGACGCGCCGCCCGCCAGCUUCAGCGCCGUCAUCAUCGACGGCGGCGGCGGCGCGGCGCCGUCGGCGGCCGACCGACUGCUGGUGUUCGGGGAGCAGCUGGCGGGCGAGCCGCCGCCGCCCCCGCCGCCGCCGCCGGCCGCCGGAGACCCCCUGGAGGACAGCAGCGGCUCGACUGAGGGCGAGGAUGACUCCCACCCCGACCCGGAGGUGAUCAGCUCCCUCCACCCCAACAGUCUGCUGUACAAGGCGGCCGAGGCACACAACCUGCCGGUGAUGUGCGCCGCCCUGGCGCUCCGGGCUGAACCUAACUGGCAGAACACGGCUAGGAACGGCGGCACACCGCUACACGCGGCCGUCACCAGCGGCUCUGUAAUGGCGUGCCUGCACCUGCUGCUGAACGGCAGUAAGCCGGAUGUGCAAGACUCGGCCGGACAGACGCCACUGCACCUAGCCGUCUCAAACGAGAACAUGGGUCAGGUGUGCGUGCUGCUCAAGUACAAGGCCAACCAGCGGAUUCGGGACGACGCUGGCCGAGACCCGCUGGAGAUAGCCGUCAACAAGACCAACGCAGACAUCGUCACACUGCUGCGGGUCAGCCAGUUGCGCGACUCGGACGCCGACAUCGGCGACGACGACACGUUCAACCAGGUGGUGCGCGACUUCUCCCUCCGGGCCUCAGACGCGCCGGAGACGCUCAACCGGCGCUCGGCGGUCGACUUCCCCCCGCCGGCGGUAUCCCCGGCCUCGCCCGAGCGGCCGCUGUCCAUCCCCUCGCGCCCGCCGCCGCCGCCCCCGGUACAGCAGCCGCCGCCGCCCCCGGCGCAGCCGCCUCCGGAACAGUAGGUGACGGUGGACCUAGUCAGGACGUGGUCGGUAGGUAGGUGGGUGAGAGUGCCCUGAUAUCCCCCAUAGUUAGCUGAGCUCUCGGUACGUCUAAGCUGAGUUUGUGACAUAAUGGUCGAACUGGGCUGGUGGAUCGCGGGACAGUCGGUGUACUCAACCUAUGCAAGACACAGGCCCCGGCUGGCUGGACAGACCAGCUCCCUGCUGACGGUAUAGCCCGUCUCCGUCUCCGUCUCCGGCUAACCUCAGUCGUAGCGGAGACUGACAAUGCUUCCACGAAGACCUGUAGCGGCCACCUGAGUCUACUGCUGGCGUCUCCGAGCUCCAAUAGUACUCUGCUGGGUGUCAUCAAAAGCUGCUGUGUCAGUCCAUGAGAGCCCGCGUACCUGUGAUGACUGUGCCGGCGGUGGUGGGGACAAGACCGAUCUACAACUCAGUGGACAAGAGCGGUCAUUGCUACCCGGUCCCCGUGAGGACCGGCUGCCAUCGGUUAUGAACGACGUCCAGUCCUAUUUUAUAAAGCCGGGCGCAGGAGAGGAUAGCAUAGGAAAGGGUAGGACGGAGUAUAUGCAAGACGGUGCAGGACCCAGAUGUAGGCUUUAUCAAAUAUGCUGUGCGUUCGUCAUUAUUGUGAGUAUUCUAGGUAGUUAGUUUCGAAGUUCGAGUCUGAGUGAGUAGAGCCCUUGAGGAGAGUUGGGGACCACAACUCGUGCUUUGUUUUAUUUCUUUUUGCUUAUCAUGGUCGUUUAGUUACAUAAUUGCAUUGUACUGAGCUCCCUAGCUGCCUUGUAUUUGGCUUAUUCACGGUCUCGCAAAAUGUUGCGGUCGUUAACCGUUUUCGCUGCUUUUGUAUGCUACUCAUGACACCGAUAUAUUUUUUCUGAAUGGGUUUCUUGACGACCAAUCGUGUGACCGAUUUUGUUAUGCGGCUUAAAGUUUCAUACCAUGACGAUUAUGCUCAUAUAAGGGGUGCAUCAGCAAUUAUGCAGUGUCGAAUGCUGUUUUUCACACCAAAAUGGCAGGAACGAACUGCUAUCUUGGUAGUAGUUUCCAAGUUCUGUUUGUUCGAUGAAGUUGUUUCAAAACUCGCUCAUUGCUGGGCUUCCAAUGAGUGAGCCGGUAUGGUGACUACUGAAUGCUGGUGUCGGUGCUUGUGCCUAUUUUAUACCACAGCUUCGUCCUCGGCUUGGCGUGGCUUGGACGGCUGUCAAGCGCAGGUCCCGGAUCUGAAAACCGCCCCCGUCUUAUAUCACCGUGUCUUACUUCCUUGAACUUCCGCCGUGUGUGGGUCGGUGAGGAGUUUUGCCCAUCAGCCGGCGGCCUAUGUCAUAUGUGUUGUACUCGGCCGGUGUAUCUAUGAGUCCAUGUAUCGCUCUGUGAACUGUCUGACAGUGUAUGACCGACGCAGUGCGUCCGAGGACCGGCGGCGCGCCGCCCGUCGCGGCCGGCGGGCCGGCGUGGCCCAGUGAUCUGAACGAUAUGCCCCGGCGUCCCUGACCCCUGGGACAGUGACCGGUGACCCGAGCCGGACUGGCUGUGACCCGGCCGCCCGAGAAUCGGGCAUAGCUGACCGAUGGGCGCUCCAAUAUAGGCGGUGCGACGGCACAGAGACGCCAGCUAAGAUCCCCCAUCGUGAUACACAGUUGGGAACCCCCGGCGCUCGCUAUCUCAGCCCAUCUAGCUGUCUCUGAAACUGCACCGCCUACCUCAGUGAGCGUGCCCGAUCAGAUGUGCUGGACAUGCGGCUGUCUCAGUAGCGGAUUGGUACUUAGUUGGGGGCCAGAGCCGCGGGCGGUGGGGCCAGUUGUGGCGACCCACCUGUAUGUCAGGCUCUGGUCUCGCCUGAGGGACCGGGGUGCUCAUGUAUGCUCUGUAUAUGCAUGUAACACGGAUACUUAUAAUAUAUGCAAGUAACCACU